AUGAUCCAACGGUUAUUGUCGCCAAAAACUAGAUCAAUCAUUCUUUGGCGCCAAAGAUACAACCCGAACCCUACAGGAAAAAUCUCGGCGGGGGCUGCAACCGGCGGUCGAAACCCUUCUACAUCCCGCCACCGGCCGUAGCCAUCGCCAUGAGCCACCUUCUUCUCCGCCGCGCCCAUCUGUCUAGCCACCUCUGCCCUUCUUAUCCCCUCUCCUCCUCCUCCUUUCCCUCCCCUCUCCCCUUCCUUUCCUCCUUUCUCCGCCAUACCUCCUCCUCCGAUGCCAAACUUCCUCCCCCUCCCUCCAUCUCCGACGCCUGUGGAUCCCCCACCGCCACCCUGGCGGACGCCAGGAAUGCCUGACCCCUCGUCGAGGCCGUCAGCAAUGAAGAGCUGAAGCAGCUGAUCGAGAAGUACUACGAGGUGGACGACGAGGAGUUGCUGCUGCAGAUCAUGGAGGCGAUCCUGAAGCGGCAGCUGUCGGGGAAGGGCGAGGAGACCUACGACGAGCUGAUGGAGGAGCUGCGGAUGAAGCUGCUCACGGAUGUGAAGGACCGGGUGUUCGAGUCGGACUUCGAGGAGAUGCAUGACACCGAUGAGGAGAUCCAGGACCUCUAUAAUGCGAGACAGUGUGUGGAGAAGAAGCUGAUGAGUGAUGAGUACUUCAACAUGGAUGACCACGAGUGGGACGAGAUGAUCCGUCAGGCCACUGAGAAGGGCUACCUCAAAAAUACAAAGAAGUGCGAGGAAAUCCUUGAGGAUAUGCUCAGCCGGGAGAAGCUCCUACCAGAUGAGAUAAAGCAAAAGGUGGAAGCCAAGUUCAAUGAGUUGGGAGACAUGUGUGAAAGGGGAGAGCUAGAACCUGAACAAGCUUAUGAAUUGUUCAAGGAGUUUGAGGAUAGGAUAAUUUUAGAAUGUGCAAAGAUAAUGGAAGCAGAGCAACCUCCUGAAGAAGAUGAAGUGAACGUAGAAUUAGAUGAUCCACCUGGUGAGGGACCCAUUCUCCAUUGGAAAUCACGUGUUGUAUUUGCUCCUGGUGGUGAUGCAUGGCAUCAAAAUAGAAAAGUAAAACUUUCAGUGACCGUGAAAGGACAUGCUUUGUGUCGACUGAGGGAAUUAGUUGGACAGAGUUACUAUUCUGGUGGAGAUGAGCUCACAAUCACCAUUGAGAGGUGUUUUGAGCAUUGGGAGGAGAACAGAAAAGAUUGUCUGAGGACUUUAUGUGCCUUGAUAGAAGAGGCAAUGAAAGCUGACAAGCUGGUGGAGGAGGCUUGGAAUGCUUAUGUCAAAGAUUGACUCAAAGCUAAUCCAGUGUUUAUGGAGAGACUAAAGGCCAAGGCAGCAAAGAUGCAGGGAUCUCAUUCAGUUUCUCUAUAAGUUUUCUUCUGGAGAUGUAUCCCAGAUGAUAAUUUUGUGCUUAUCAUUCAGACAAUGUCUAUGGGUGAUGCUGCUGCAUAACUUGUCUCUGUAUAUUGUGCAUUGCUCCAAGAAACACAUACAAUUUUAAGUUAAUAUUGCUCAAUAUAGCAGAAUCCAUGC